AUGGAAGUACUGGGCAAGGCAUCUCGAGCCGCCACAUCCAAGACCGCACAGCGAACACUUGUGAAUGUUAGCCUCCUCGUGGGAGCUUCGCUGUUUCUACUGCCCUUUGCUGCUGUCGCAUCGAUUCUAUUUUUCCAAAACUACCUACCUGAUCAAGUGGUGACGGCCCCUGUGCAUCUCCAGUAUGGAUCGGGAGUCAAUCCCUUUGGAACGGCUUUCAUUCCAACGUCUGCUCUCAGGACGCAGCAGGAGUAUGAUGUGUCCGUCACACUGUCCAUGCCUCGCUCGCCUGCCAACACCCAUCGAGGCAAUUUCAUGAUCGCCCUCCACCUCCUGGAUGCCGGCGCCCUCUCGACGGGGUACGACAAGUUGCAACCCCAAAUCCCGCCCGAGCCUUACAGCCAUUUCGACGGCAAAUCCGUUCUGUUCUCCUCGCGACGCCCAGCGCUCGUUCCAUACCAGGAUCCCCUAAUAUCGCUUGCAUCGCGUAUAUUCUUCCUUGCUUAUUAUAUUCUUUUUGGGGAUUCAGAAACAUGUGUGCUCACAGUGCCUAUGGCCGAGCGGGUGGAGCUUGGCAGAGGAUCCUCCUUGCCAUCAUCAGCCUACCUAGAAAUACAGGGUGGUCAGAAUAUCGAAACGUAUUAUGCCUCGGUGACACUGACUGCCCAGCUAAGAGGCCUACGCUGGCUGAUGUACCACUACCGUCUCGCAACCCUCACUUCCGCCAUUAUAUUGUUCUGGACGUCCGAGGUUCUAUUCAUGGUCGUGGCAUGGCUAUUGUGGUCAGGGCUGUCAGGGUCAGGCUCAAGCUCUCGCACCAGUCCUGGAAAGGCCUUGGAGGAGGUUUCAUCCAAGGCGGCAGGCCGAGUCAAAAGAGAGGAUGGCAGCGGAGUUGACGAGCUGUCGGACGCGCCAAGGACAUUCCCAACGUACGGUAACCAGGCACCGCUGCGAUACGAACCCGAAAUCAAGGAGGAAGCUCAGGCGGGGCCCCGUAUGGAAGAUUUGGUCCCACUCGGGGGCGAGGCGGAUGACGAGGAAGAGGACGACGGACGGGGUAGUUACAAGGGCGACUCGGGCAUUGGAACAAGCUACAGCGAGGGUGGCUCGAGCAGUGUUCGGCGCAGAUCAUCGCAUCAUCGCUAG